AUGCCCUUCAUCAAAGUACAGAUCAAGAGAGCGGACAAGUACUCCGCUCUGGAGGAAACCUCGACCAAGGUACUGGAGAAGUUGGAGGCCAUGGCUGAGGUUCACCUGAACCGAACAGUCAAAUAUGCUGUCCUCACUGUUCCCUCGCACUUCAACGAUACACAGAAACAUGCGACAAAGGAUGCUGCUAUGAGGGAAAUCAACGGUAUCAUAAUCACCGGCAAUCCCACACACAUCGCAAGAGUUCAACCCCAUCUCGAAGCCUAUCUCGAAGCCUAUCUCGAAGCCUAUCUCGAAGCCUAUCUCGAAGCCUAUCUUGAAGCCUAUCUCGAAGGCAAGAAAGAAAGCCCUCUCUCGCCCCCCAACGUUCUCAGUCCCGGCCAAGAAGCUAUCAUCCGCGGGGCUGCUAUAUAUGGCCACUUAACUAUCUAUCAUCCGAUAACGUUCGAUGGUGCGUCACAGCUCAGCUCCAAGGCACCACGCCACUAG